CCUACCAUUCAUUAUUUUGUUUUGAUUUCUACACUGACGACAAAAUCCAGAUGACGAACCUUAGCAUUACUGGCCAGCAGGUGCCUCUGGCGCCGCAACCCGUGGCAGAGCCCUUCCGCAUCACCACCAACGCCCCGCACCAGAUGAACGAUCCCAGCUUGUCACCCGGACGAAAGAAGCUUCAGAAGUGGCUGGGCCGUGUCCUGCGUAUCGUCAUCACCGACGGCCGUGUCCUGGUCGGAUUCUUCAACUGCACGGACCGUGAUGCCAACAUUGUGCUGUCCAUGUGCGCCGAGUACCUGGUAGAGGGCCAGGAGCCCCGCCUCCUGGGCAACGUAAUGGUGCCCGGCAAGCACAUUGUUUCCCUCAGCAUCGACGAGCCCGACCCACAGUCCAGUCUCCUGGUCCAAUAGUUAGGUAUCGAAUCUCGCGUUUCUCGUUCAUUUCGUGUCAAUAAAGUACAAUUCAAAAUCUA